GGGGUCCUACGGUUUGAGGUUAUGAGAGGUUGCUGUGGCAUUGCAGUGUCUCCUUCACUUCGCCCUCCAGCUGGAGAGAUUUACUGCGGUGGUGCGGCGUCAGUUGCAGCCGAAAAAUAAAGCUUACUUUGUAGUUUACCGCUCUAUUUUUGACAGAUAUAAUGGCAGUACCUCCGGUAUAUGGUGACCUCGGCAAAUCUGCCAAGGACAUUUUCAACAAAGGCUAUGGUUUUGGAUUGGUGAAGCUUGAUGUGAAGACCAAGUCUGCUAGCGGUGUGGAAUUCAAAACCUCUGGUUCCUCCAACACUGACACCAGCAAAGUCAAUGGAAGCCUAGAAACCAAAUACAAGUGGUCAGAAUACGGACUGACCUUUACAGAGAAGUGGAACACUGACAACACUCUUGGAACAGAAAUCACCGUUGAAGACCAGAUUGCCAAAGGUUUGAAGUUGACAUUUGACACAACUUUCUCGCCAAACACUGGUAAGAAGAGUGGCAAGGUCAAGACUGCCUACAAGCGUGAAUAUGUCAACGUGGGCUGCGAUGUCGACUUUGACUUUGCCGGCCCAACCAUUCACGGAGCAGCUGUCGUUGGCUAUGAAGGGUGGCUUGCUGGUUACCAAAUGACCUUUGACACAGCCAAAUCCAAAAUGACUCAGAACAACUUUGCAGUCGGAUACAAGACUGGUGAUUUCCAGCUGCAUACCAAUGUCAAUGACGGGUCUGAAUUUGGUGGGUCUAUCUACCAGAAAGUCAGCGAUAAAAUGGAAACCGCCGUCAACCUGGCAUGGACUGCAGGGAGCAACAGCACACGCUUUGGCAUUGCUGCCAAGUACCAGCUGGACUCCAGUGCAGCCAUUUCUGCUAAAGUGAAUAAUGCCAGUUUGAUUGGAGUCGGCUACAGUCAGACCCUGCGACCAGGCGUGAAGCUCAUCUUGUCGGCUUUGGUUGAUGGGAAGAGCAUCAAUGCCGGUGGCCACAAGCUGGGACUGGGCCUGGAACUGGAGGCCUAAAGGCCUUCCCUGUAGCGUCAGAGACGAGGGAAUAUCAGAAGAAUUUGGCCUUAAAUGUUAUUUCCAACUCAACCAGCAGGGGAUUUCUCAAAGGGAUGUGUUUGAAGCAACAAGAUACCCGAUCCUGUAAUAAUACUAGAUGGUUGCCUGCCAGCUGGUGUCCAUACAUUUGGUUUGUAGUUAUCGAAGAUGCUUGUAGUAGGUCAGUUAUUUAUACAUUUCGAUGUAUCCGAAACUGUGCGCUGCCAUCAAUGAAAUACACCAUUCUCAAAAGUGGACAUUUGUGAAUGUUUUGCUUUUUAUUUCCAAUGUUUGGUUGGUCAGACAUCAGUGGUGAUUUAAUGGAGUGGGGCAUGGCUGCUUUCUGGCUUUACUGCGGCGUUAAUAACACGAUAUUCCUAAGUUCUCUGACUGUAGAAUGUAUAACUCCAACAUGUUAUCGAUACUCCAGCAAGCACCUUUUUAUUUAAAUAUUGUUGUACCUCCUUUUCUCUUUCACACAUUGGACAUGCUUUUGCAACUACAACCUUUAUGCUUUGCCAGCCAUCAGGACUACAUGAAAGUAAAAGUAAGCGAAACAUAAACACGAUGACCGCCCUUAAGCUGAGCAGUUUUUGGGUGGUUUCUAAAUUGAGGAGUAGCUUACCUGCUGUGACAGCCAGUCAGUUGGAGACCAGCGCUUUUGGUGAAAAUGGCCGGCGUUUAUUUUCUACCCUGGGUGAAAACUGUAAUGAAGGUGCACGGUACUGCCAAAAUUUAUUUUCUAGAUUUGUUUUUAGAUGGAAUUCAGUACUAAAGCUGUCAGAGCCCCCCACCAUGUUAUUGACUGGCAUUGUGACAUUGCUGAAAAGAAACCUCAGAAGUCCUCUUGUGUAUGUUGAACUUUUCAAAUAAAGUCUUUGAACUCAAAAAAACCAAAAA